CUUUGAUUACUGUCCAACUCUCUCGUUUUUGUAUAAGUUCUAUGGAGGAGACUGCGUCCGCCUCGGCAUUCCCCUCGUUACUCUAUCCGUCGACAUAAAGCAACGCCGACCUCCGAUUUGAUUGAACAACCCCCUUACCUUUGUCUUUUCCGGUUGGAUCUCCUGCGCACAGGAUCCAGUGGUUGAGUGAAGGUUUUUACUCUUUUUCCUAUUUCCUUUGUAUUGCGGAAGAUUGAGACAUGGUGGCUUCAGAUAGUUCGCACCUGUUGGGGCAGGAGGAGGUCAGGGACACCGAGCCGGUUCUCGACGCCCCCGAUUCCGAUGAGGAAAUGACCACGAAUCGACCCCCCAUGCACCGGUCCGUUACGGACGGCCAGUCGCAACAACCGCUACUAAAAGAUGAGCACCGGCGAUUAUCCAAUGCCAGCUUCGGUAAUGGUGCUGCUUCGGAAGGCAGGCCUAUGCUGCAUCACCAUACACGAAGGCCGACGGUCAGGAGUAGUGGUACGGAACAUAACGCAGAGCAGGAUACUCGGCGAAAAUACAUCAUUGCAUCCGGUUUUCUCUUAUUGAGUUUGGCGAGUUUCGUGAUACAGACCGAGACUGCGGUAUAUAUCGCGGGUGAACUGGGCUGGGAUAAGCCCUACUGCAUGCUUUACCUUACACACGGGUCGUGGUCCCUUCUCUGGCCAGUCCAACUCCUUAUUCUUCGGUUGCAGAAGAGGAAACUCUCCUGGGACGCAUUCUGGCGACGUCAUGUCUUCCUCCUCCGGACGACCGCACAGAUGGUCGAGUCUCAAGAUAUGCACGUAGCCUCCCGCCGUUCCCCGAUUCCAUACAUGCUCAAGACCACAGCAUUCGUGACAAUGUCCCUCACCGUUGCAGGCGGCUCAUGGUACCUGGCUGUCAAUAUGACGACAGCGAGCGACUUGACCGCCAUCUACAAUUGCUCCGCCUUCUUUGCCUAUGCAUUCUCCAUCCCACUCCUCAAAGACAAACUUCGCUUCGAUAAGGUAUUUGCCGUAAUUGUGGCCAUUGUGGGCGUUCUCGUGGUGGCAUAUGGAGAUAGAGACGAAGACAAGCAUGCGGAUGGCACCCCGGGUAAAGGAGAAGGUCAAGUAAGCAAUAGGCUUUUGGGCAAUCUUAUCAUCGGUAUCGGUAGUAUACUCUACGGCCUGUACGAGGUACUUUAUAAGAAGUACGCCUGCCCCCCGGAAGGCACCAGUCCCGGACGCAGCAUGAUCUUCGCAAAUACAUUCGGCAGUCUGAUCGGAUGCUUCACUCUAUUCGUGCUCUGGAUCCCCCUACCUGUCCUCCACAUCUUAGGCUGGGAAACCUUCCGUUGGCCCACCGGAGAAACCGCCUGGAUGCUCCUCAUCUCCGUCUGUGCCAAUGCCACCUUCUCGGGAUCCUUCCUAGUCCUCAUCUCCCUGACCUCCCCGGUUCUCUCCUCCGUCGCCUCUCUCCUCACCAUCUUCCUUGUCGCCAUCGUCGACUGGCUCCGAACAGGCCAACCCCUCUCCACAUCCUCCAUCAUCGGCGGCGUCCUUAUCAUCGCAGCUUUCUUCCUUUUAAGCUGGAGUACCUACCGCGAAAUGAACGAGGAGACGAAGAAGUGUCUCGAAAACGAACAAGUCGAAUCUGACAGCGACGACUAGAUUUCGUCCAUGUCUCGUUAACCGGAUAUAUCCGGCUAUGUCUUGUUCGUUGACUGUUGUUUCGAUUUUUCUUCUUCCUUUCUUACUUCCUUUAUAUGUUUAUUGCCAUUCGUUGGAUGCGUCAUAUUAUAGAAUUGGUUACUACCUUUUCCUUUAUUUGUUACAUGGCGGAGUUGAUUAGAGUGUUCGAGGUUUCGCCUACCUUUUUGCUUUGUCAAUGUACAUUUUU